CCCGGAAGGGCCCAGCAGCUUGGCAGGCCCAGCGAGCCUGGCCUGGAGCACCUGAGCUUGCCUGCCCGGGUACGCGGCGCGUGUGCGCUUGGCUGGGCCCCCGGGAGCGCAGAGCCCUCGCCGCGCUUGCUGCAGCUGGACGAGGAGCCGGGCAGGGCCGGGUCGCAGGUUUCCCCUUCCGAUGGCGUUGAGAGCCCCCGCCAGAAGGCUCCUGCUGCUGAGCCGCACUUUUGCGCCAGCCCCCCAGAAUGCCCGAGCACAGAGUUCCAGUGCAGCUGCCCCAAAGGCAAAAGAAGCCAAGACCUCUGGGAAAACAGCCAAAGUACCAAGUGCCAAGUUCGAUUGGCAAGAUGCCCUACUGCUAGAGAGGCUGCUGACCCGGGAAGAAAUAAUGAUCCGGGACUCGUUUCGCACUUACUGUCAGGAAAAGCUGAUGCCCAGAAUUCUCAUGGCCAAUCGAAAUGAAGUCUUUCACCGGGAAAUUGUGUCCGAAAUGGGUGCCCUGGGAGUCCUUGGCUCCACUAUCCAAGGUUACGGCUGUGCUGGAACCACCUAUGUGGCAUAUGGUCUCCUGGCAAGGGAGGUUGAGCGGGUGGACAGCAGCUAUCGUUCUGUCAUGAGUGUUCAGUCAUCUUUGGUGAUGCACCCGAUUUAUGCCUAUGGAACGGAAGAACAGAAGCAGAAGUAUUUGCCACGCUUGGCAAAGGGGGAAUUGCUGGGCUGUUUUGGGCUCACAGAACCCAACCAUGGAAGCGAUCCUGGUGGCAUGGAGACCCGGGCCCGAUACAACCCUUCCAGCAAGACCUACAUCCUCAAUGGCACCAAGACCUGGAUCACAAAUUCUCCAAUGGCUGACUUGUGUGUCGUGUGGGCCGUGUGCGAGGAUGGCAAAAUCCGGGGCUUCCUCUUGGAGCGUGGCAUGAAAGGGCUCUCCACGCCAAAGAUCGAGGGCAAAUUUUCUCUGCGAGCUUCUAUCACAGGCAUGAUUGUGAUGGAGGACGUUGAGGUUCCUGAAGAGAACUUGCUGCCCCACGUUUCUGGACUUGCUGGUCCCUUUGGGUGCCUGAACAACGCUCGCUAUGGGAUCGCAUGGGGAGCGCUGGGGGCUGCUGAGUUCUGUAUGCAGACAGCCAGGCAGUAUACCCUGGACAGGAUCCAGUUUAAUGCUCCCCUGGCUAGAAACCAACUGAUCCAGAAGAAAUUGGCUGACAUGCUUACAGAGAUCACCAUUGGUUUACAAGCUUGCCUACAGCUGGGCCGUCUGAAAGAUGAAGACAAGGCAACCCCUGAGAUGAUUUCCAUGCUGAAGCGCAAUUCUUGUGGGAAGGCGCUGGAGAUUGCUCGGCAAGCACGGGACAUGCUGGGGGGCAACGGCAUCGCUGAUGAGUACCACGUCAUCAGGCAUGUUAUGAACCUGGAGGCUGUCAACACAUACGAAGGUACCCAUGAUAUCCAUGCACUCAUCUUAGGCAGAGCCAUCACAGGACUUCAGGCUUUCACUGCUGGAAAAUGAAAGCAUUUGUCUAAUGCAUCUUUGUGGCCCGGACAUGGAAACAUCGGUGGAGAUUGUGAUGUCAGAGUGUUUUAUUAAACCUGAGUAUGGCUGCUGCUGCUGACCAGCCUCUGACCAGCAUUUCUUCAGCUCAUUUUUGUGUGUGGAUAAUUAACUUGAAAUUUGAUGCCCAAGGCAGGCACCCGAGAAUUCUCAGUUCCAUGCCAAAAGGUGCAGAGAGCAAAUUGCAAGACCUUGCACUGAGGUCAAAGAAUAUGGGGAAAUGAAUAGCAAGCCAAGCAGCAUACAGGAUAAGGGAACGCCCAGUUCCCAAACUGGAAAACUCGCUGUGAGGCACAUUUUUGUGGUAAGUAACUGGUGCCAUUUAAUGCUUUGCAAUUAAAUGUUCCCAAAUGGCACAGCCAUUGCAAGAUUCCAUAAGGAUCAUCUACUGUGUAAAGGUUUUUGAGUCUUGUAUGCACGGUCAGACAGAAGCACUGCUGAACACUGGCAGCUGAAGAUCAAAACUCACUGCCUAGCUCUGCAAUCGUCUUGGGACGUUGGAUAAGCCAUUCUAAUAGUGCCUCAUUAUCUUUUUUUGUUUAUGAAGCUGUUUAAUUAUCUCUACAUUUGAUAGAGUGCUAAACUGUCCCAGUGAGGGCCGAUUUGCACUUAUGAAUAUCUCAUGUCCUCUUUUGUUUGUAAAAGAAUAAAUUGAAUUUGAGACA